GCUGCUUCAAGAGCGCUGCGAAGGAAUAUCCAUGGAUUUGCUGGGAGCGCAUCGCGAAAACUGUCUCACGCCUCUCCAAUAACCUGUUGUCCGGUUUCGACGACACGGCCGUAUAAUCUCUCUCCGGUGGUUCGGCUGCCACACGUUCUAUCGCCAGUUAAACACAUCGGAUCUCAGCACCGCUCGUGAGGACCGCAGCCCGCCAAUGGUGAUUCCUCUGUCGCAAAAAAGGGUACAGAUCUCUGGGAGGUGAAACCGCCUCAAAAUGGCGACGUCUCUGGCUGCGCAGUUGGCGCAGAUCGCAGCCAACUCGCGGACGAGCCUGAACGCCAAGGCCCUCAAGGCCACCCAUUCCAAGUCCUUAAUCUGGGAGCCCCGGGUCGCUGCCGGCCAAACCUUCGCCGAGAUUUACCAAGUAUGCUACGAGGGCUUCGAGGAACUCUGCCGUCUAGAUUCGCGCUUUGCGCACUUUGGCACCACGUUGUUCAGUGAGCAGAGUCAGGAAGCGGACAGGACGCAGAUGACCGCCGAGGAAAAUGCGGCAUUGGACAAGCGGGUGAACUCGUUCCUGCACCUCGUCGGGAGCCGGCUGCGACUUAUGCCUGCUAUCAAGGCUGUUGAAUGGUUGAUUCGGCGGUUUCGAAUCCACGAGUUCAACACCGCAUCCUUGAUCACCACUUUCCUGCCGUAUCAUACCAUUCCUGCUUUCGUUACGUUGCUUUCCAUCCUUCCUGCAAAUGUUCCGUUGGAGUACAGGUUUCUGGAUCCCUACAUCCGGUCUUUGACAAGCCCACCGAGAGCUGCGAUUGUGCAGCAGGCAACAAACCGCCACGAGUUCCUGUCCGCCAUCUCUCAGUACACUCUCGAGUCAUGCAGGGCCAGGCAGGAAUACCCGGGCCUGGUGUCUUUCUGGGCCGGCGUCAUGGCUGAAGCUGUCAAUGGCAUGUUGGACAAGAUGCGGUCAGGCAGGAGGAGUGUCCAGCUGGCAAACGACCACAUCCUUCUCCAGCAGCUUGGGCCGGUCCUGAGCGAGGCAAUGGUCAUGAAAGAGGUCCCUGGGAUCCAAAUCGCGAGUUAUAUGAUAGUCGCGAUUUUGGCAGCGAAGGGCAGUCUGAACGACGGUGCGCUCACGGCUUUUAUGGAACAGCUAGUCCACGGCUGGACCAUUGACACCUAUCGCCCGGGCCUUGUGUGCCUCUGCAUCCUCGCCCAGCACCGAUCGGCGAAACAGGUCUCCGGCCGUGUGGCAAAGGCACUCAUGAAGGUCCAGGAUCUGGUACCAACCCUGGUUGAGAUUGGCCGGGAGCACAGGGUUGACAAGCUAGCGAACGGUCUGGCGCUCGCCUUCAUUGACAGAUUGUCCAAGAAGGGCGAUGUCCGAAGUCUCCCUGCGGCCAAUUCACUCCUCUUGGCCAAUCUGCUGCAGGAGAAGCAGAUCAAAGUUGUCUACAAAUACAUGCUUCUGGCAGCCCAUCAGGUCAGUGACGGUGUCGACGAGGACGGCAGUAUUCGAAAAGAGUUAGGCUCGUCCCUAGUCAGCUUGUCGCAGGCGGGGGGUGAUGCCGGGGAUGCCAUCAGAGCUGCUCUUGAGGAGAUUGAUCUCAACAUUGAAGAACUGGAACUCAAGCUUGGAGCUGUGUUCCGCCCGAAGCUCGCGGUUGAGCACAGCCCGGAGCAUGCGAAGGAAGAAACGGUUCCAGCGACAGUCGACAGGCAGCCAGAUCUGGAUUCGGCAAUUGAGGAUUUAUCGAAGCUGAAGCCUUCAACAAGCUCCUGUCUGUCACGGGGUUCGAGCGCCUUCUUCAGCGAUGUCUGCAUGGUUUUCCUGUCCGCGGUCGCAAUCGAGGACAGUUCUGAGAGGUUCGAUGCCGCACCGGCCUUGAGCCGUUCAGUUGCUCCGAGCAACCCAUUUUACUUCAGCUUCUAUCUGCGGAUCUGGUGCGGGCCGUUCCCUACGCUGGCCAAGGUGGUGGCUCUGGACCGUGUCAAGUCCCGGUUAAAGGAGAGUGAUUGCGCAGACAAGGAUUUCCAGGCUAUGAUCCCAUACUGCGUUGUUGCUCUAAGCGACCCAGCAAGGAAGGUCCGCCGUGCUGCAGCCGACCUUAUCGCGGUUCUGGGGUCUCUAAUCAAGAAAUCCUCGGCGCGAUCAAGGCAGCUCUGGGGGGCGACGGACCUGUAUGGCAAGGCCGGUGUCCCUAAUGCGCUGGACCACGAUGCCCUUGAAUCUUUGGUUCACUCGGUUCUCAUUCCGUGCCUAGAGGAGUCUGUGCUACACGAGGACCAUGUUAUAGCGGCCCUUGUCAGCGCACUCGAGAGUCCGAAGAGUUCUUCAAAGAAGGAUGCCGAACAGCGUCGUUUCUCUCACGCCACGAGACUCUCCAUGCUAAAAUUCCUGUGCGGCCAUGCCACAGAAACACCGUUAUUGACCGUCAAACUCCGGUUGCUUCGGCCACUCAAUCAAAUACGGAGCAUAUCCGGUACCUCCAGGACAGACCUUCUAUUGCCCCUACUUCGAUGGUGGGCUUCGAUCAGCCCAGAGGAAGCUACCCAGCUUGCUGCUCGAGAAUCGCUGGAAGAGGCUCUCAUCGACGAGGCAGCCGUUGAAGUCGUCAUUCCGAACCAUGCCGCUGGCCUUGAUACCUUCUUCCAGCUGAUCAGCGACCCGAAAACGGCGCUUAGGCCGAACUUGGUACAGGCUAUUUUUGGCCGCAUCAUCAAGGUGUGGCAAUCGCUGAAAUCGGACAUCAAGUUCUUCACGGCCCGUUCAAUGUUCAGCCUCACGCAGACUCAAUCCACGGCGGAGCAAAGCUCCAUCGUUAUGGAGGCUGCAGAGCUUCUACGGAAGGUGGACCUCACGACGGAGAUCCUGCUCGAUCUUAUCGACUCCUUACAAAACGACGUCAAGCUUGCGACCGAAAAACCGGCGAACAAGAGAAGACGAGUCAGCACAACGGAACAGAGCCGGAGCGUGGGCGUGCAGAGCAGUCCGGAGCUCAAGGCGGCUCUGAACAAGACUACCUUCGUCCUGGAGCUCGUUCAAGAAUCCAAUCCGGCAGACCAUCCUGAAUUACUGCCGAUCCUCUUCACGACGCUGUCGGAUCUCCAUCACCUCAGCACGCUUAUCGGCUCUGAAUUAGGGUACCUCCAGAAUUUAGUGCUGAGCUGUCUCCUUGCCAUGAUGCCGGCAUACAAAGACAAUAAGAACCUGACGAUUGACGCAUCAGUCGGCCAUGGCGAUAUCCUGGCCACAUGCAUCCAGAAAUCCACCAGUCCCGCUGUCAUCAACUCUGCACUGCUUCUAGUAGCCAGCCUCGCGCGCACGGCCCCAGAUGUGGUGUUGCAAAGCGUUAUGCCGAUAUUCACGUUUAUGGGCAGCUCGGUCCUGAAGCAGGCUGAUGAUUAUUCUGCUCACGUCGUCAACCAGACCAUCAAGGAAGUCAUCCCGCCGCUGAUCGACACGUUCCGCAAGAGAGGUCGGAACGUAGUGGCCAGUACCAAGGAUCUCCUCGCCAGCUUCGUGACCGCCUAUGAGCACAUACCAUCGCACCGAAAACACGACCUCUUCAUCUCCCUUGUGGAGAAUCUAGGCCCGGAUGACUUCCUUUUCGCCGUGCUCGCCAUGUUUGUCGACAGGUACGCGGCAACGGACAAUAUGAUCUCGUUCACCACACAGAUGAUGAGCUCCUUCUCCGUUGAAACCCAGCUCCAGACUCUCAUCAAGUUCCUGGACCUUAUCAGUGACAUCUUCAAACCGAAGCCUGCUCUUUCGAGCGUCCUUCUUGGCAGCGACGGGGCUGGAGAGAAAGAUGUUCAUCGGGUUGCCACCAAGCAGCUAAACCUGCUUCCAUAUCUGCUCGCGAACAAGCGCCUGAAGCGGGAGAUCACGCAGUUGGCCGAGAAAGAAGACAUGGAAUCUGGUAGGAUUCGCGAUCUCUACGCCGCUCUUCUUGAGGGCAUACUGUCGCUGGCCGGCACGGUCAAGAUGAAGAAAGCCCUCUACAGCCGCUGCGGUGACGCGCUGUCUAAUCUCCUGAACCUGCUCUCGAUAGCCGAAUUCAUCAAGAGCGUAGAGGCGUUGCUUGACCGGCCGAAUGUCGGCCUUCGACAGAAGGUGCUGCGGGCCCUCGAACUACGGGUUGAUGGCGAGAGCACUGCAGAUCCGAAGUCGAGGGAGGCCCUGCUCGCUUUUCUGCCGCAGUUGACUGCGGUUAUCCGGGAGUCGGAUGACAUGAACUACAAGCACACGGCGGUCACAUGUGUCGAUAAGAUCUCGGAGAAGUACGGUAAGAAAGAUCUCGAUGCGGUCGCCGCCGCCGCUACGACCAUUGCAGGUGACCACUGCCUUGGCCAGUCGGAACAAAGCCUCCGGGUCAUGGCCUUGCUCUGCCUGGCCUCGCUCGUGGAUGUCCUGCAGGAUGGCAUCGUUCCCGUUCUGCCCAUCGCAAUCCCCAAAGCACUUGCCUAUUUGGAGGAUAGCUUGGUCGGCGAGGAACCCAACGCUGAGCUCCACAAUGCUGCGUAUGCCUUCAUGGCGGCCUUGGCUCAGCAUAUCCCCUACAUGAUCACGGGUACUUACCUCGACCGGCUGCUGGCUUGCUCCAACGCCUCGGCGGCUGCGCAGCUGGAUGACGAAUCGAACGACAACCGGACUCACUGCCUUCAAUUCCUGGCGAAGCUGGUUGACCCCAAGGUCCUGUACAAUGCCCUCAGUCGGAACUGGGGCUCCGCCGCCGGCUGCGGUGUCUCGGCUGUCACCGAAUACUUGCGGAUCCUGGGUAUGGCGCUCGACAAGCACUCCAAGGCGGUUGUUGCCAGGAACGUUUCUUCGCUCUCGACUAUCCUCCUUAGUUCUCUGGAUCUCAGGCGGAUGGUGGUUUUAGGGCAGGUCAAGGCUUCCAUCAGCUCAUUCGAACUGGACGAAAUCGAGACCAAGACCAACGACGACGCGCUGAAGAUGAUCUACAAGCUCAACGAUGCCGCCUUUCGGCCAGUCUUCUCUAGGCUCAUGGAGUGGGCGUGGACCGGGCUCCCCAAGAAUGAUUCGGCUGGACGAACCCUACGGCUCUACGCUGUCUAUGGCUUCCUCAACACCUUCUUCGACAACUUGAAGUCUAUCGUCACCAGCUAUGCCUCGUACAUCGUUGAGAGCGCCGUCAAGGUCCUCUCGGCGACCGAGUUCAAGGAUGCCCCCGAGAAGGAGCUCUGGAAGCGCGUCCUGUCCACGCUUGCUAAAUGCUUCGAGCAUGAUCAGGACGGCUUUUGGCAGGCGCCGGCUCACUUUGGUGCCGUUGCACCUGUGCUGGUCGAGCAAUUCCUGCAUGCCGGGGCCAUUGAUGCCACCGAACAUCUGGUUCCUGCGGUCGUGGAGCUGGCCGCCGCCGCCGACUCGCAGGAGCAUCACAAGGAGCUCAACGGUGCGCUGCUGAAGCACCUACGCAGCGGCCAGGCGGCGGUCAGACUGGCGGUUGUCAGGUGCCAGCAGGCACUGACGAGCAAGUUGGGCGAGGAAUGGCUGCAGGCGCUGCCAGAAAUGUUGCCAUACAUCAGUGAGCUCCAAGAUGAUGACGAUGAGGAGGUGGAGCGGGAGAAUAGCAGAUGGAUUGUGGAAAUUGAGGAGAAGCUGGGGGAGAGCUUGGACUCGAUGUUGCAGUGAGUUGCGCGCAUAUCAUACUAUGUAUGUGCCUGGCUAGGUGUAAGAAGGGCGGUGAGGUGCGGUGCGUAGUUGAUAAGAGAAUUGUGGAAGAGAAGAUUUCUCGGAUUGGAGAUAACGUUAAAUAAGGAGGGAAACAAAUGCAUUUGCAUCUGCGCUGACUCAUCUAAGUAUAGUAGUCUCUCAUGUGCAUCAUUUUGGAGUGAUAAUAUGAAGCCCCUUUUUGACGUUCAACCUGUGACAUCUGCUGAGACACCUACUCAUCAACCUGUAGCAACUGGAAGAUGCGAUGGAUAGUUCCCGUUGCCAUGGAAACGGUCCGAGGGACAAGAUAUACAGUAGAUGCGGUACCCGCAGCAGUCGUAUAUCCAUGGACCUGAACUAACUGAAGCAAGUCUUCUGGAUCUCCUGCCACCCC